CCACCUGCUGUUAUGCAGUUUUAGCAUCAGGCUAACGCUGUCGUUGUUUGUUUCGAGCUUGAGAGCCAUGGACGAUAUAUAUUAAUAGAAUAACAGAAUAUGACACUCUACUACAACUAAAUAUAUGAGUACCUUCGCUGUGACUUUUUCGCUAAUAUUUUAAACGCUGCUGUAACCGGGUGACAUGGCAACCGGAGGCGCUCCGUUUGAUGAUGGUGCAGAAGAGUUGCACAACUGGACAGCACCCAAUGGCAGCCUGGAGGACAGACUGAACAACAUGAACUGGGGGAUCCAGCAAAAGAAGGCUAACCGGUCAUCAGAGAAGAACAAGAAAAAGCUGUCGGCAUCAGUGGUGGAGAGCCGACUGACUAAUGAUAUUUCACCGGAGUCCACGCCAGGGGUGGGCCGCAAGAGAGCUCGCACUCCUCAAUCCUAUCCCCAUAUCAAAUACACUACCCAAAUGUCUGUUCCUGACCAGGCUGAACUGGACAAGCUACGUCAGAGGAUAAAUUUUACAGAUCUGGAUGAGAGGAGCAUUGGCAGUGACUCCCAAGGACGUGUUACAGCUGCCAACAACCAGCGGCAAAUGGCUGGAGAGAACAAGAAGCCGUACAACUACCUGCCUCUGCAUGUCAACACUAACAAAAGCAAACAGCUGCUCCAUCCCUCAGCUUCUGCACCAACUACCCCAGCUACCUCCAAGGAAAUGAAAAAGCAAAGUCCUGGGCGCAGGGAAACAUCAAGUUCUGCUGUUCCUCACAAGGAGUCUUCAAGGAUGAGUCAUGGUGGACCAGAGAGAGAGCUUCUAAUGGAGAGAGAGUAUGAGAGACAAGAACCAAGAGUAGACAGCAGCCAGGUGGUGAGCAAGCUGGUGCAGAUUCGGGACUACAUCAGUAAAGUCAGCGCCAUGAGGGACGAUCUGGUGGAAAAGAAUGACGUUCCAGCCAAUGUUGAGCGUCUCUCUUACCUCAUUGACAACCUCAAGGAGCAGGAGAAGUCCUAUUUACGGUUCUUGCAGAAAGUGCUUGCCCAUGAGAAUGACUGUGAUUUGGGGACUCUGGAUUCUGCUGUCGGCUCAGGGUCGCUGGCAGAGAGCUCUUCUCUAAACAUAGAAGUUCAGUCUUCAGAUGCUUCAAAUACAGCAGGUGGCAGGACAGAAGCUGUUGGUGCUGACCAGAAGGAAGAGCUGGAGAAUCUGCGAAAGCAGCAUGAGCUGCUGAAGAAGAUGCUAGAGCAGCAGGAACAGCUUAGGGCCCUUCAGGGACGACAGGAGGCACUAAUGGCCAUGCAACAAAGUGCUGAACAUGCUCUGGCUGUGAUUGAAGACACAGUUGUGACAGAAACAACCGGCAGUGUUUCUGGCCUGAGCAUCACAUCAGAACUAAAUGAGGAGUUAAAUGAUUUGAUUCAGCGUUUCCACAACCAGCUGCAUGAAUCUCAGACUAAAAUGGUGCCAGAUAACCGGCGUCAGGCACAGAGUCUUUCCCUCUCUGGAGAGGUGUCCUUGUCCUGGUCCCGCCCACUCCCUCCUCAACACAGGCCGCUCCUUCACUCUGCUUCUGGCCCCCAUGCCGGCCUGGACACCAGCGAAGUGACUGCCAGUGCCAAACUCACUAAGUUACAGGAGCUUCAAGACAAGAAGCAAACCAUGGACAAGAUCCUGCAAGAGUUGCAUUCACUACGAGACCAGACCCUGAACAAUAACUCAUGUCGUGGCUUGUCAGCACAGUUCAAUCCAAAUAGAGGACUAUCUGCAGAUCACCCAUCAGCUUUCUGCUCAAACACGGCCUCAACCUCUUCUUCCUUUCAGCCUUUGUUCUCACAGCAGGAGAGCUCUGGGUCAUCUGACAAGCUAAGGAAGCUAAAAGAGGUCCAUAAGCGCCUUAAUGAACUGAGGGAGUUGGUUCAGUACUAUGAGCAGACUUCUGAUAUGAUGGUGGAUGCUGUCAAUGAGAAUGUAAAGGAGGCUGACGAUGAUGAUGAGGAGGAAGAUGAGACAGAGGAUGGAUCAAUGUUUGAAACGGUGUUUGAGUUGGAGCAUGAGAAUCACCAGCCUGUCGCAAAUAUUAGAAACCAGCAGCGUAGCGGAAACUGGGCAGACUUGAACAGCCUGACCAAUGGACGCAGUGUCAGGAGUGGCUCAACAAACAACCAGGAUGGGAGACUCAACACCGAGUGUGAAAUCAACAACCGGGCAGCCGCCAACCUCCGCAGCCUCAAAGUCACCACACCCAUAGAGUGCCAGUACAACAGGGACCUUCCCUAUGACCAGGUAAAGGAUGAAAAUGAUGACGAGGAUGGCCUUGAUAACAAUGAAGGGGCACAUGCCAUGCUUCCAGACAGUGUUUCAGAGUCUAGUCGAGGUAGCAGCUUUGGGAGCGGCGCUGGUUUUCCUGCCAAGGUUCACCGCCAGACAGCAAAGCAGAAACUGAGGCAGCUACAGGAGCUGGUGGCCAUGGUUCAGAGUGAUGACACCGAUGGAACAACAGCAAAUGAUGAUGAAGCUUUACAUCAGCAGCCAAAUAACACCAGAGCACCUGUGUGUGGGGCCUCCAAGGGUGGAUCCAAACAGGGUCCUGGAGAUAUUGCACUUACCAGCAAGGCCAGGGAAAAGUUGUAUGAGGAAAAGUUGCGUCAGCAGAAGCAGGAGUUGAGGCAGCUCCACGAAGAGCGACAGAGACUGAUUGAAAUCCAAGGCAAGAUCCAGGACCUGCAGUGGACCUGCCCAGACCAUCUGUCGUCUGUGUCCAGCACAGCCAGUCAGCAGGGUCUGCUAAGAAAGGCUCCAGUUGCGGUUUCCACUCCGGCUAAUGUCAAACCUUCAUCUUCUGGACCUAAAACCAACUUAGCCAUGCUCAAACCCACUGCUCCAGAGGCAGCUUCUUCUUCUGUCACUGACAAUGAGCUUUGGUCAGAAAUGCGGCGGGGACAGAUUUUACGAGAAGAUCUGAGACAGCGGAGGAAGCACCUGGAGUCACUGAUGGCUGAACAUCAGAGGCGUAGUGGUCCCUGUGACUCUCCCUGUCCAAUGGAAGACCAGGAGGGUAGCGCUACACUGUCACACUCUAUUAACAGGGAUGAAAGAACAAUGGCCACAUGGGGUUCCAGUCCUUGCAACCUAGAUGAUGAUGAUGAGGAAGAGGAGGAUUAUCGCUCAGAGAUAUGUGCUGACGAGGAGGAGGAGCAGGAAGAAUGUACAGAAAGUGGCUCAGAGGAUGACAUCCAUGUGUACAGCCAGCGCGCCUUUAUUAAAAGGAAGAAUCAAGGAAGCAAUCUGAAGCCUCCAGCAGGCUUUUCUGGUGACGUUGAGGGUCAUCUACAUAAUGAGACAAAGGUCAAACAGCAGACAAGUAGUUUCAACCAGUCCUCAAGCCAGUCUGGAGGUAUUCGUCGACAGGAGAACCUGCGCUGGGCUUCUGAGCUCUCCUUCGCCGAGGGCACAUCUCACUGGCAAGAGCAGAUAAACCAGCUCCAGAGACAGUUGGACUUCAGCACCAGCAUGUGUCAAACUCUCCUGCAGGACCAGCAGACACUAUCAUACAUGCUACAAACUCUACUGACGGGUCAGUACAACACCCUUCCAAACAACGUGUCAUCCCCUCAAGUCCAGCUGGUGAUGCAUCAGCUUAACCAGUGCUACACCCAGCUCGCUUGGCAGCAAAACAACGUUCAAAGACUAAAACAGGUCCUGAAUGAUCUCAUUCGGCAGCAGGCCUCUUCCUCCUCAGCAGCAGGUUGGCAGACACAGAAACAGAGCUCUGCUCGGGAAUCCAGUCCAGGACCCUCAGCCUCUCCUGGCUUCUUCCUUCCCUUCUCCUCUGCAAUGAACCCUUCGACUGUCAACAUGGCAAACCCUUCCUUAUCUCCAUUCUCUCCCAGCUUCAACCUGUAUCCCACCUUCCCUGGUGCCAUGAGCGAUUUGCCUCUGGGUGCAGAAGGUACAGCUUCAUCUGAACAUCAAAAAAGGGAUCAGAACACAUCAAUGAAAACGGAGUACAUGGGUUUUCCUCCUCCUCUACAUCGCUCUCCUCUUAACACGGCAACAGAAAGACGAUCUGGGACACAACUGAACACCUCCUACACAAACAACAUAACACAACACUCCCUGUCUAAAACAGAGCUGCAAGAAUCUCCUUCCUCAUCCCCUACUUUUAACAAAUACCAAUCAAGGCCGCAGGAGUUUGACAAGGCAUCACAGGAAAGCUUCUGCAGUAUUCCUGACCCUGUUGAUCCCGCCACAGUCACUAAGACCUUCAAGGCUGGUAAAAAAGCCUCGGCUCAAGCAAACUUGGCUUCUUGGAGCAAAACUCCCAAAAAUAGACGCAGCAGGAAGAGCAAAGGACACAAGAACAGUGAAGGCCAUGAUAGUGACAGCUAUAGCAGCACUGCAGAAUCUGUCCAGGAGAGGGCAGCCUCGUCACAUCAUAAAGACCAGAACCAGGCUUUGUUGGACAAACUGACUCAAGAAAAACUGGACAGCAAGACGAAGGUCGGAAGCAAGCGAAAUGACCUCUCCUCUGCUUAUGCUUGGAGAACACCCUUCCUCUCUAACAGAAUUGCAUGCACAGAAGCACCAGAUGCUAGCAGUGACUUCUCCUUGUUUGAGGCUCUGCGGGAAACAAUCUACUCGGAGGUGGCGACGUUGAUAUCCCAAAAUGAGUCCAGACCUCACUUUCUAAUUGAGCUUUUCCACGAGCUGCAGCUACUCAACACAGACUAUCUACGCCAAAGAGCUCUCUAUUCUCUACAGGACAUAGUAACCAAGCACCUGGCAGUGAGGCGUGCAGCGGAGGAUCAGUUACCCCCUCUUGGCUCUGUUGUUUGGACAGCAGGCUCUCAGUCUGAGCUUACGCCGAGCCAGAGUCUGAUCACCAGUGAUGAAGAGGUGUUGGAGAAGAACUUGAGGCAUGCUCAGGACCUAAAGAGGAGAGAAGAUGCAGAAUCUGUUGAUAAUGACAGCAACAUGUCCACCUCUUCCAACCUGGAACCGUUUGCUAAUGAUGACCUUGGCAACACGGUGAUUCAUUUAGACAAAGCUCUGGCAAGGAUUAGGGAGUAUGAGCGCAUGAAGCUUAAAGCCGAGUUUAACCCCUGCAAUGCCAGCACUGCAGGCGCAAACAGGUCUGAAUUGACAAAUGCUAAUGGUGCUUCAUCUAACCCUGCUGAACCAGUGGAAGAAAGUGCAGCCAAUGGUGUGCACUGCCCUCAGAUUGACACCCAGCAGCUGGACCGGCAGAUAAAAGCCAUCAUGACAGAGGUCAUUCCCUUCCUUAAGGAAAAUAUGAAUGAGGUGUGUUCGCAUCAGCUGCUGACAUCCGUCCGCCGUAUGGUGUUGACGCUCACUCAGCAAAAUGAUGAAAGCAAGGAGUUUGUUCGCUUUUUCCACAAACAGCUUGGAGGCAUACUGCAGGAAUCUCUUAGUAAGUUUGUGGGCCGUACUCUAAAGGACUGCGGGGAGGACCUGUUGGUGGAGAUUUCAGAGAUACUCUUCAAUGAGCUAGCCUUCUUUAAGCUGAUGCAGGAUUUGGACAGCAGCAACUCCACCACCAACCUGGGAGCAAAAUACAAAAAUAAGAGAAAAGUCUCACAGAUUCGUAAAACAAGAGACCAAGAGCAGAACACAGAAGCUGGUGCUGCUAAAUCUGUUUCUCCAGCAUUUGCUGAUGAAGACAAGGAUCAAGAUGAAACGGAAAAAGAAGGCUCUGCUUCCCUCCAGGAGACGUAUCUACAGAGAGAGGUGAGGAGCAACAGAGGCAGUGAAACCUCAGAAGGUGAAGAGGAUGAAGGAUGUAUAAAAGGGGUUCCUCUAUCAAUCAGUCUUUCCAAAGCAGAGAGUCAGGCUCUGACGAACUACGGCAGCGGCGAGGAUGAAAACGACGAGGAGGAAAUGGAGGAGUUUGAAGCUGGGCCUGUUGAUGUUCAAACGUCUCUGCAGGUUUUAGCUAAUGGAUGUGCAGAGCAGGAAAUCAGCGCUAUGGCAACAACUAGCUGUGAGGCGCAGAAGACAAACCCUGAACAGAACAGUUCAGAAAAUAAUGAGAUCAGUAAUUCAGCUGAGACCUCGGAUCCCUCAGAUGGAGAACACACUCUUGUGGAGCAGCAGGAAGUUGGGGCUUCUGCUGCCGAGGGGAACUCUGAAAUAUCUCAAGACGUUCCCAAGGAGCCCAGCAGCAGCAGCAGCCCCAACACAGACUCACCUGUUCUUGUUAAUGUUGAUGAGAUCGGAUCCGGAAACACAAGUCAAAAGUCUGAUGAAGAGGACUUUGUCAAAGUGGAUGACUUACCUCUGCAGCUCACAGUGAUGUGUGAGGAGGAGCUUCAGAAGAGAAUAGUAGAGGAGCAGCACAAUAACAACCUCUCUGUGGAGAUCCUGAACAGCAACACUGAACUGCUAACUGGGCUGGUGGGAAAUGCACAGGAGCUGAAGGAACCAGAGACUGCUGAUGCCCAGAAUGUAUAAAGAAAGCUACAGAUCUCAUCCCACCUUCAGUGUUUUUGCUUUUUUCUAAUCUGCUCAUUUAAAGGAGCAAAGUUACGAGUUAGCUGUGAAUCUUUAAAGCUCAACACUAUUUGUUCAUUUUCAAGUUGUUGUUUUUUUCUCUGUUAUGCAUGAAACACUGGAGAGAAAGUUAUUCAAUUUAUUCUCAACCCUUGUUGAUAAAAUAAAUGCUUCCGGUGUUUUUUUUUUUUUUCUGCUUUAUGCAGAUGACCUUUUAUUUUUUUUAAAUACAUUUAUUUAUGCUUUUUCAGAAUUAAACAGACAAGAUAACAAAAAAUAAACAAAUGCAACAAUAACAAAAUUCAAUAAGACAAAACAGUGUCAGCUUAGUGACAAGACAGAGUCAAAGGGAACAACAGACUUUUCUGGAGACAUUGUAUCAAGCAGUUCACCAUAAAACAUGGGAUGUCAAUAAAAGAUGAAAGCAAUAAAUUAUAAUGACAGUAAUAACAAUAAUGAAUAAAAAAGAGAGGAAAAGAAAAGUACAGGUCCAGAUGAGUAGGACAGUCAUUAGCCCAUUAUUUUGUAUGUAUCUAUUAAAAGGACCCCACACAUAAAGGCAAUUAUGAUGGUUGUCUGACAAAGAGUGUCGAAUUUCUUCGAGAUAGAUACAAGACACCAUAGCAUUAAGCCAUUUCUUAAAGCAAGGAGGGGAAGAGCAUUUCCAUUCCUGCAGAACAACCUGUUUUGCAACCACCAACCCAAACAUUACAGCCUGCUGCAGAGCCAUGGGAAGAGUAAUAGAGAAUUUAGAGCAACCUAAAAUUAUCAAAUGCUUAUGUGGAUAAAGAAGUUUGCCAUAAGCGUUAAUAUGAAAUUUAAAUAUCCUGCACCAGAAGUCCAUAAACUUGGUGCAAGAGCAAGACGGAUGACCCAAAGCCCCAUCAUCUGAUUUACAUUUGCCACAUGUUGCCACUGAGAUAGUUUAUUAAGCUUGAUUUUAGAAAAGUGCAGACGAUGGAUAACCUUGAAUUGAAUAAGUUGCAAUCUAGAAUUAAUGGUACUGGUUUUUAUUCUUGACACUCAGAUCCGACAGCUCAUUUGAAACUUCGACUAGUGUAUCAGAAGCCCAGACCUCUUUUAUAUGAUUAGUAGAUGGAGAUGAACUGAAAAUAUUAACAAACUGAGAAAUUAGCUUUUUAGUGGUAGGGGGCUUUUUUUAAAUUUUUUUUUAUAAGUUUGUAGAAACUAUGUUGCACCAAUAUGGUUUCAAAGUGAGGGAAAUGUCUGACAAAAGACCAAAUUUAUAUUAGAGUUGGUAAAGGAAGCAAAGUUAUUAUUGAUGUAUAAAUCCUUAACAGCAAUGCCCUUAUUUAACCAGUACUUAAAAACUACAUCCAUAUUGGCUGGCUUUAAUGUGGUUUUCUGAAAAAUAGGAGCAUAGAUGGAAAAACCACUGAGAUUCAGGAUGGACUUUAUCUGAAUCUUGUCAGAAUCAGAAUCUUUAAUGAUUUUUUUUAGUAUAAAAUUAUCCUUCAGCAAUUGAAAAGGGAAAUAAAAAUUGGAAAACAGUACAGCAGAGAGGAAGUAGUAAGUGCUAAGGAUGCAAGGUUUUCAUUCAGUGGUCAAUUGGGCAAUAGCGAGUCAACCUCUUCACCCCUCAGAUACACAUGACUCCAAAAAACCCGUGUUCUGGUAUUACUAGGACAGAAACAGGAAGGCCUAGAACACCCUCAGCAGUAGGUGAGACUGAAAUUUGAGAAUGUUUGCUGGCCAGGAUAAAAAGAAGUUUCAUGUAAUCAUCUUUAAAAACGAAGCGGUGAGAUAUAUGGGUAUAUUUUGAAAAAGAUAGAGGAAGGAGCUUCCAUUCAUCGACCAUAGACUUAAGUUUGUUGAUUAAAUCCAGAAAGUUAUGUUUAAAAAGGUGUUAAGGGUCCCUUGUGAUAUUUAGACCCAGAUAUUCAAAAUGACUAGUGGAAACUAGUCAUUUUGUCAUAAAUUUUGUCCCAAUUAAUAGUAAAACCGGAAAACUUGCCUAAUUUUUUUAUAAGAGAAAGAAGCAGAGAAAGAUUGACAUCUGAGUCAAGAUACCAGCGUCCACAUAAAGGCCAAUGGGACCAAUCUGUAGCAUAAUCCGAAAUACUGGUGAUCAACGCAUGGAUCCUGAUGGAAAUAGCAACGGUGAGAGACUGCACCCCUGUCUGGUUCUGCGAUGUAAUGAAAAAGAGGCAGACCUGUCAUGAUUAGUCAAAACAGGAGUUGGGGUGAGUGUAGAGCAAUUUUAGUAAUGUCAUAAAUUUAUCACCAAAUUUUUGGAGAACCAAAAACGAACGAUCCCGCUCAAUUUGAACGAAUGCCUGCUGAGAAUCCAAUGAAAUGACUGCAGAGGCAUGAAGGUUACCAUUUGUUUUCAGUGUAAUUUACUGAUUAUAUUUAACUUUCUGUCCUAAAUCCCUUGUUCAGAUAAUUUCUUGGUUGUGGGAUUAGUUUGACAAACGUUUUUUCGCAUGUUUUACUUGUAUUUGCCUGGCCUGCUGUAGCUCAUCUUUUCACCAUAAUCCUAAAGAGUUAACGGUUCAAUCAGCUGCUGUUACAAGAAAUGUAGCCUAAGUAAAAUUAAGUACACCCUCCUAGUUUUAGGGUUUUAUUUGUUUUCUGCUUUUGUGACUUUCAGCCAUGUUCGGCCAAGUUUUUCAUCAUAUGAUUUUCUUUGUUUUUACACCUAAGGUUGGAUUUAAGCAAUUUUAGUACCUUAUGAUUUAUUAAAGCUCUGGAAUUGACAGUGUACUUUUUUUUCUAGUUAUGGGUGUAUGUAUAUAUAGAAAAGGGGCAAAUAGACCGGCUUUGCUGUUAGAUGAAGUGUUUCUUCACACAAGUGAUUCCUCACAGCAUCAUCCUGAAACCUGUAACAUCCUUCUUUUUUUGUGAUAAACUGAAUGACUCUA